AACUGCGCACGCGCGGGCGGUUGUAACCGUCAGGGUUAGCGAACCCCAGGAGUUCAAAGCCGCGCUCGGGACCCUGCCCCUCCCUCUCUCCCUCCGUCCCCUCAGCAACCGCCGAUAUCCUGCCGCUGCCGGGCGGCCUUCCUUCCCUUCUGCUCUUUCCAGCCUGGUCCUGUCAGGCUGAGGGAAAGGAUGCCCGGUGGUGUCUUGUCCCAGGCCGGCCCCGGCGCUGAGUGAGACAAGGCCGGGCCGGGCGGCGGGCGACCGACUGAGGGAUGUCGCCGCCGCCCCCCGGCGCUGGAUCCUGCCGCUGCCGCCUCCGGCGGCUCCCGCCGCCUCUGUCCUCCUCAGGUUCCGGGUGUUGCCCGCGACCGCUUCGUCGGGCCCGGGGACAACGUCGAGCUCGGCCCCAGCAGUGAUUCCCGUCGCUUCCCCUCACAAGGGACGGGACGGGGCAAGCAGAAUGCAGGCGCCGCCGCUGCAGUACGAGUUCUUCAGUGAGGAGAACGCGCCCAAGUGGCGGGGACUGCUCGUGCCUGCCCUGAAAAAGGUUCAGAUGCAAGUCCACCCAAAACUGUCAUCUACUGAAGAAGCAUUACACUAUGUUGAGGAGUUAAUUCUGCAGUUGCUAAACAUGCUGUGCCAAGCACAGCCAAGAAGCUCCCAAGAUGUAGAGGAUCGUGUACAAAAAAGUUUUCCCCAUCCUAUUGAUAAGUGGGCAAUAGCUGAUGCACAGUCUGCAAUUGAAAAGAGGAAGCGAAGAAAUCCACUAUUUCUUCCUGUAGAAAAAAUUCACCCAUUGUUAAAAGAAGUUUUGGGUUAUAAAGUGGAUCACCAAGUAUCUGUUUACAUAGUAGCAGUAUUAGAAUACAUUUCUGCAGAUAUCUUAAAGUUGGUUGGGAACUAUGUACGAAAUAUAAGGCAUGAUGAAAUUACACAACAAGACAUCAAAGUAGCAAUGUGUGCUGAUAAGGUGUUGAUGGAUAUGUUCCAUCAAGAUGUAGAGGAUAUAAGUACACUGACUUUAUCUGAUGAAGAACCCUCCACAUCAGGAGAACAAACCUACUAUGAUCUUGUAAAGUCAUUCAUGGCAGAGGUUCGACAGUAUAUAAGGGAAUUAAAUCUCAUAAUAAAAGUCUUUAGAGAACCUUUUAUUAGCAACUCCAAGCUGUUUUCAGGUCAUGAUGUAGAAAAUAUAUUCAGUCGAAUAUCAGAUAUUCAUGAACUUAGUGUGAAGUUAUUGGGCCUUAUUGAAGACACAGUAGAAAUGACAGAUGAAGGCAGUCCCCAUCCUUUAGUAGGAAGCUGUUUUGAAGAUUUAGCUGAGGAACUAGCAUUUGAUCCUUACGAAUCAUACACUCAAGAUAUUUUACGGACUGGUUUCCAUGACCAUUUUCUUAGCCAGUUAUCCAAGCCAGGGGCAGCAUUUUACUUGCAGUCAAUCGGAGAUGGCUUUAAAGAUGCUGUUCAGUAUGUUUUACCCAGGCUACUUCUAGUUCCUGUUUAUCAUUGCCUUCACUAUUUUGAAUUUCUAAAGCAAUUAGAAGAGAAAAGUGAAGAUGAAGAGGACAAAGAGUGUUUGAAGCAAGCAAUUACAGCCCUGCUUAAUCUUCAGAGUAGUAUGGAAAGGAUAUGCUCAAAAAGUCUUGCAAAGAGAAGGCUUAGUGAAUCUGCAUGCCGAUUCUAUAGUCAGCAAAUGAAGGGGAAGCAGCUAGCAAUCAAGAAAAUGAAUGAAAUCCAGAAGAACAUUGACGGUUGGGAGGGUAAAGACAUUGGACAGUGCUGCAAUGAAUUUAUAAUGGAGGGGACACUCACACGUGUGGGUGCCAAGCAUGAAAGACAUAUAUUUCUCUUUGAUGGGCUAAUGAUUUGUUGUAAGUCAAAUCAUGGCCAACCAAGACUGCCUGGUGCUAGCAAUGCUGAAUAUCGUUUGAAAGAAAAGUUUCUAAUGCGAAAGGUACAGAUCAACGAUAAAGAUGACACUAAUGAGUACAAGCACGCCUUUGAAAUAAUUUUAAAAGAUGAGAACAGUGUUAUUUUUGCUGCUAAAUCAGCUGAAGAAAAAAACAACUGGAUGGCAGCCUUGAUCUCUUUACAGUAUAGAAGCACCUUGGAGCGCAUGCUAGAUGUAACAAUGUUACAAGAAGAAAAGGAGGAACACCUGAGACUUCCAAGCCCUGAGGUUUAUAGGUUUGCAGAACGUGAUUCUGAGGAGAAUAUUGUUUUUGAAGAGAAUGUCCAAUCCAAAUCUGGAAUUCCUAUUAUCAAAGCAGGAACUGUUGUCAAACUGAUUGAGAGACUUACAUACCAUAUGUAUGCUGAUCCAAACUUUGUUCGAACAUUUCUUACAACAUAUAGAUCUUUCUGUAAACCUUUGGAAUUAUUGAAUCUCCUAAUAGAAAGAUUUGAAAUUCCAGAACCUGAACCAACAGAAGCAGACCGUAUAGCUAUGGAGAAUGGAGAUCAACCUCUUAGCGCAGAGCUAAAAAGAUUUAGAAAGGAAUAUGUACAACCUGUUCAACUACGAGUACUAAAUGUAUGCCGACACUGGGUGGAACAUCACUUUUAUGAUUUUGAAAGGGAAAAAGUUCUUUUGGAGCUGUUGGAAGGAUUCAUUGGCCGAGUCAGAGGUAAAGCUAUGAAGAAAUGGGUUGAGUCAAUCACAAAGAUAAUCCAUAGGAAAAAGCAAGCACAAGCCAUUGGGCCAAGUCACAAUAUUACUUUCGAAAGUUCACCUCCUCCAAUUGAGUGGCAUAUAAGCAGGCCAGGAAACACUGAUUUCUUUGAUUUGCUCACUUUACACCCAAUAGAAAUUGCUCGACAGCUCACUCUACUUGAAUCUGAACUUUACAGAGCUGUGCAGCCGUCAGAACUAGUUGGAAGUGUAUGGACAAAAGAAGGUAAAGAAAUCAAUUCCCCUAACCUGCUCAGGAUGAUACGACAUACCACUAAUCUUACUCUGUGGUUUGAAAAAUGCAUCGUAGAAACAGAAAACCUAGAGGAAAGAGUAGUUGUUGUAUGCCGCAUAAUUGAGAUCUUGCAAGUUUUUCAAGAACUAAAUAAUUUUAAUGGUGUUCUUGAGGUUGUCAGUGCUAUGAAUUCUGCACCCAUUUACAGACUGGAUCACACCUUUGAACAAAUCCCAAGCCGUCAGAAAAAGAUUUUUGAGGAAGCUCAUGAACUGAGUGAAGAUCACCAUAAGAAAUAUUUGGCAAAGCUCAGGUCUAUUAAUCCUCCAUGUGUGCCUUUCUUUGGAAUUUAUUUAACCAACAUCUUGAAAACAGAAGAAGGCAAUCCUGAAUUUCUGAAACGACAUGGAAAAGAACUCAUUAAUUUCAGUAAACGAAGGAAGGUGGCCGAGAUAACAGGAGAAAUCCAGCAGUACCAAAACCAGCCAUACUGCCUAAGAGUAGAACCUGACAUCAGGAGAUUUUUUGAAAAUCUGAAUCCGAUGGGAAAUAGCCUGGAAAAAGAAUUUGCUGAUUCUCUUUAUAAUAAGUCGCUAGAAAUAGAACCACGUAAUGUCAAGCCACCCCCAAGAUUUCCCAAAAAAUACAACUAUUCUCUCAAAUCUCCGGGCAUUCGUCCAUCAAACCCAAGGCCAGGCACCAUGAGGCACCCUACACCACUGCAGCAGGAGCCAAGAAAAAUCAGCUAUAGUCGUGUCCCUGAGAGUGAAACAGAGAGUACAGCUUCUGCACCAAACUCUCCAAGAACACCACUCACCCCACCACCUCCAUCCUCCACUUCCAGCACUACAGAUGUGUGUAGUGUGUUUGAUUCUGAUCCUGCAACUCCUUUUCAUUCAAGGUCUGCUUCUGUGUCCUCCAUAAAUUUUCCAAAAAAUUCUGAUGGAGUUGCUAUUCCCCCUCCUAUUCCUCCCCGAAGACGUCCAGAAUCUGCACCUGCAGAAUCCUCUCCAUCAAAGAUUACUUCUGCACAUCUGGACAGUCCACCAGCAAUCCCUCCUAGACAGCCAACAUCAAAAAUGUAUUCACCGAAGUACUCAGUACCAGACAGGACCUCCAUCUCGGAUGCCCCAGAAAGUCCACCUUUGUUACCACCACGAGAACCUCUCAUUGUUGUAGUCAAUGAAGAAACAGAAGGAACCCCAAGGUUUGGCAUAUGGAAUAAAGGUGAGUUAGGGGCAACUUGAAGUUAACAUCUUUGUGUUUAGAAUGAAAUGGCUCUCAUGUAUAUCAGUACCAAAUUCCAAACUCUGAUUAACUUCCUAAACUUUGAAGUUGAUCUUCACUCUGUCAGAAAUAUUUGAAAGAGACUAACCUGCAUAAAUAUCCUACCUUGGAUUAUCCAUAGACCUGUGAACUGCGCUUCUGAUUCCAGUACUGUGACAGUAAUGUACACCAUUAUUGAAGAUAUUUAAAUCAUCUCAGCUACACUAGGAUUUGUGUAUGGUGCAGUAUUGUAUUUUUAAUUACUAAAACACUCAUAGGAUGUUUCUUCAGCAAAACCAAAAUAUAUUUUGGUAUGCUAGAAAGCAAUGUCACUAGAACAAUGUUGGUAGAAGAGAAUCACCACAGACACCUGAGACACUUCUAUUUCACUAUGCAGUGUGGUCUUUGCAUUUCAGAAAAUGUUUAAUCUGCACUAAAUGGAUCCUUUUAAAAAUUUACAUAUACAGUAUGCAGAAUCAAAAGAAGCAUUGAGGUAAAGGAUAUUCUAAAAACUGUUGAGUGUUAAAGAGAAGUGGUUCCUGCUUAUAUUCCUUUUUUCUUCUCAGUUGUAACUCAAAAAUAAUGGAAACAGUCGUACUCAUAAGAGCUUUAAAUACUACAGAUGGUAUCAUUUCCCCCAGUGCUGACCAGGAAAACUCUUAGGUGUGUCAUUUAUCCAGGCUUUGCUUGCAUAGAGAGAUCCCCGAGCAACCUACUUUUACUUUAGGAGAAAGAUGGUAAAGGAGAAAGAGACUUUUAACUCCAAGCCGCAGCAGAUUACUCCUAAAUGAAAAAAGUGUAAUGCUUGUCCUUAUGGUUGCGAAGAUUUCCUUGCUUACUACAACCCAGAUACCACACAUUAAAUGAAUUGGAUUAAGGAGCUGAAGUACUAUAUCAAUGCUCUCUCUCUAGUGGUUUUUGCUGUUUGUAGAUUCUCUAUAAGACUGAGCUAAAAUAUUCAGAUCCCUGAACAAAAGUUAGCAGGUCUUCAUAGUGCAAAUGUUAAUCUCCUAAAUAUGGAAGAUUCUCAAAAACCCACUGAAGUGGAAGUUGUUUGCACAAAGUGUGGUUAAUACAAGUAUCUUCUUUAAUACAGAUAACUUUUUGUUACAUUGAAUGCUCCAAAUGUAGCAUGGAGAAUGUUGGUCUAUUGGAGUACUGAUAGUUUCUGCUCACCCCUUUAAGGCAUCCAUUGUGUAGCUCCUUGUUGUUGUGUAUAGAAUUCCUGUCAUGCAAUUUGAUAGUCUAUAAAAAGUGCUGAGUUUCUUUUCUAAAGGGAAUGUGCUGCUUGUUUUGAAACCAUCUCAAGAAGUUGAAGUGCUCCCCAUAAACAGUUUUGUGACGUUUAAAACUCUUGGACACUAACAUUAUUCAAAGGAAAAUAAUACUGGAGUCAGUGAUUUGUCCAAACUUUUAAGCUAAAUAGAAUUUUAGCAGACUGUAAAAUACACUUUUUUCAUGACACUGUGUCUGUUAGUAUAGGAGCAUAUGGUCCAUUAAAACUAUGUAAUUGAACAUCAGGCAGAAUAGAAAUUUAUUGAAGUGUUGGCUAUAUAGAGCAGAGUUGCUGAGAUUUAUUUUUCCUGUGAUGGGGGAGAAAAACUUGUUCCGUUAACCAAAUUUGCUGUCUGAAGGAGAGAAUAAACUCUCAAUUUCCUGGAAUUAGUGUGCCAGCAGCAGUAUAUUUUAAUGAAUAAAGGAAUACAAGUCCAUACUGCAAAAGUACUUUUAGAAUUGUUGUUAUAGCAUGUGAUGUUGCUACUCCCUCUUAGGGCCCAUGCCAUCUUGUGUCAGGCUGUUCUAAUGGAGCUCAUGCAGUCACGGUUCUGCUGUUAGGGGUUUUUUAAGUACUCAAUAAAUUUUCAGGACUGCCAUGUUUAUAUUUAAACGUUGGCCAAGAUUAAUAGGGUUGCACACAGUUUUCUGAAUGCACAUGCAUGUGUUUUUCGAGUCACCACUGCAACCUAAAUCAUUCCUUGAAAGACUGGAGGGAAAGAAAGAAAAGGCACCUUUGCAAGUGUUCUACUAAUGUAAGGAGUCUUGAGAGCCCAUAUCCAUUUUCAAAAAAUGGGAGUUUGAUUUUUGUCCCUCUCAGGAGAGUAUGGAACAUUGUUUUCCAGGAAAUCCUGUUGUGCAGAUUAAUGCUGUUGAUGUUGUGCUAGAGGUCCCUUGCGCUAGCACAAUGUAAUUUGUGUUAACAAAAUGACAUUCCUGGAUACUGCCCUAAGGCUCUGGAUACGAUUAUGGCAGGGGCAGGUGAUUAUUCAAGACUAGCAGCAUCUAUUGAAGUUCAGCAGGCUGCACCCAAAAGAAGCCAUCUGGGUGCAGCUUUGACAAUCAGCUGAGUUCCUGAAUGGUUUGUUUAAAAGUGACAGCUUAUUGCCUCAAUGUUUGCCUGUCAGUGUGUCUUCCCUGCUUGCUGUUCCAUGUACAAAACAAAAUGCAUAAAAUAAAUCCCUGUUAUCCUGCCUAUAUUUUUAGUUAUGGAAGAGGGCAUUGCUAUAAAAUCUGCCCUCAAAAGGGAGAAACCUCAAUAAAUUGGCUUAUUUGGAUGUUCUAUUGAAAGACAGUGAUGCCCAACUCACAGAACGUGGACUAUAAAUUAUGUUCUUAAAUUAAUCAGAGGUCAUAUUAUGGGUAAAUGAAUUUUCUCUAUACUAUAGAAAAGUAACUAGGCCUAUUAUUGAUGACAGAUGUAAAGCCAAAAGCACUUGGUUGGGUUUUGUGUGUGAAUUCCACGCCUUAUUUACUGUUUGUUUUUAAAAACAAGCAAACCUUGAAGUGCAUUUUUUCUGUCAACUGUGAGUAAAUUCCCCUUUCGCCUUUAAAGACAAAAUAGUGCAUUAAGCAAUCAUUAAAAUAGUCAUGAACCCAGGUGAAAGAGGAAAAUAAAUCUUGUGCCAGAUGUAUGCAACUUUCAGUAGCUGCCAAUCGUGCCUUUUUCAAAAGCCUUUUUUUCCUGAAACACCAUUGGUUCUCUUGGGAGGGGGCUUCUGUUCUUAUCUGGCCAAUUUAGAAUCCAAGCUUCCUGGUUCUCCUGUGUACAGGUUUAUGUUUUGAUGAAUUCUGCUAAUUCAUAUAUUGAAAAUGUAUUGACUUUUGUUUAAUGGCAUGGAUACUUCGCUAAACGGUUACGAAGCUAUGGCAGUCCAAUCCAGCUGUGUAAGGUUGAAGUGGUGAUAUCUAAACUGGCAAAUCUUAUGGGCCUGUGUGUACCUAAUCAUGUAUGUAGGUGAGCUUUUGUAUGCUAUGUCUGCAAUGGUAUUCAGAUUGCAUUUAAACUGAAAAUUAAUAGUGGCUGUUAUUUUUUGGCAUUCAAGAGAUCUGUUCUUAAAAAAUAAAUAAAAAUGCCUUACAUAUCCCA